GUCCAUUAUAAUGGUGCCUAGUGGUCCUCUAUUCACUCUACGACCUCGUGACUCGAUAUCGGCAGUUAACGAUGUAGUAGCUGUUGGUGACGGAGGUAGUAUAGCGAGUGGUAGUAGUGAUGGGUAUCUACGGCUUUGGGAUAUGGUCACAAGGAGACCAUCUGUCUCUAUCAGUACCGGAGUUGAUCCUGUAAUCGGCCUGGUCGAACCAACAGGGGUGGAGGAUAGCCAUAGAAUAGGAGUGCAGACUAAAGCAAAGACUCUAUCACUUUGGGAUGUGGCCCAUCAAUCAGGUAAAGCCCCGAUCUGGUCCAUCCCUAUACCUAAGGCGUACACCUUCUGUAAGGCGGUGCCACUGAGGGAUUCCACUAUAGCAUGCCCUCUCACCGAAAGCGAUAUAGGAAUAAUCGAUUCUCGCACAGGGGUUGUUGCUGGUGUAUUACAGGCACCGACCUCUAGUGAGGGCUCAACCACUACCCCCAAAGGAGCAGGAUCAGCGGUAGCGGUUCGGCAGUUGGACGAUGAAGGAGGCAACGGAGUGGUCGUAGUGUAUGAAUCUGGACGCGUAGCGCUAUUCGAUACUCGACGCCUUGAUCAUCCUUGUGCCGAGAGCCAUCCCCAUGAGAUGAAGAAGGCUAGGGGUGGUAGUGGUAGUACAGUAACCUGUAUGGAGAGGUUGGCCAAUGAACUCUGGGUCGGCACAUCCAACAGUUAUAUAUCUAUGCUUGCAGCUGGGAGGGUGGACGAGGAAUACUCCAUUGAAGAGGUUGGCAUGGGCAAUAGCAACAACUUCUUGCAUGUUGAAGAGGCUAGUGUCGGUAUUGGAAGUAUGGCUGUAAGGAGUGACCUACGUUUGCUCGCUGCUGGCCUCUGGGACGGCCGCAUUAUCCUAAUAGAUGUUAAGACACGUACGCUCUUAGGAGAUCUCCCUCGAUCCCACGACGCCAGCAUCACCAAAGUUACUUUUCUACCAGAUAACCGUUUUGUAGCGGCUAGUACUGAUGGACGCUUAUCGGUUUGGAAUACUUAUCAAGACACUGUUGUAUGAUACCUACCAUUACCA